AUGGCAGACCACAGUGACAACAGUUCUGACCGCCUUGACAGUUCUGCUGGCAUGGUUCCAUCUCACCGCUCUAAACACCGCCAUGUCCGCAGAGGCAAUCCUAUUGAUUCCGCGGCUCAUCAUACUUCAUCGUCUCUUACAGCACAAAGAUCCUCACAACCGCAGCAACUCGGUCCAAAGCCAUCAGUCCCAGCACAACUCGGCGGUUCUGGCCAUGUGCCGGGCGAACUCGCUCCUCCUUGGCCUUUUAAUCCUCAGGAGACUGCUCUGAUACGCUCCGGAUACAUCCCAGCCUUCAAACCAGAAGUCCCAGCUGCACAGGAAGAUUCCGCGUCGGAAACAGAUUCCAAGAAAAAGAAAAAGCAGAAUCAAAACAAUUCAUCCAACAUGGCGGAACCUAGAGCACGCGCUGCAAGGCACAAGGGUCAGAUGAAUUUUGCAUCGGAGCUGCGUCUUCUCCUUCUGGCAUAUGGAGAUCCCAGUCCUCACCCAUCCUUCCCGUCUGAGCCCCUUCCUGAGACUGUUCGUGUUCUCGAUGAAAUCGUCACCGACUUUGUCCUUGAGAUGUGCCACAAUGCAGCCCAGUAUGCCAGCUACUCCCGUCGCCAGAAGAUCAAGGUGGACGACUUUCGUUUUGCAUUGAGGCGCGACCCGAAUAAACUCGGUCGUGUCCAGGAACUCUUGCGGAUGGAGCGCGAGCUGAAAGAGGCUCGUAAGGCAUUUGAUCAGAAUGAUGAUCAGGUCGGAAAUCUCAAGGAUGCGGGCAAGAAGGGACUCGAGGAGCUGGGUGAGGGCGCGGAUGGAGCAGGAGGAAAGAAGAGCAAGGGCAAGGGAAAGCGACCUUCUAGGAGGGAUUCGGAUGCUACAGAGGAUACUGUUUUGAAGAAGAGGAAGCUCUGA